AUGAUAGGCUUUGAGCCAGAGAUCUCUCCACGAGACUCUGUGGCACAUUACAGUAACAAAAGCGACUCUACAACUCCUGCAUCUGUAAUCGACCAGGCUGCUCUCGUUCCCAGUGGUCCAUUACCACGUCGUACAUUGGCUGAUGUCCGCGAGCAGGUAUCCCGAGAGAUAGCCGUCCAAACAGUCACCAAAUUCCAAGUUUUCGAUGGCGUGAGAAUCGGUGUUAGGAUGGUCAUGUCGAAAAGCGGAGACGAGAACUUCCUAAGAAUGGUUGCAGACCAUGUAAAACACCAACUAACUCUAAGCAACCAUCUGUUUGUCGUCGCGACCAUUGCGCAGUCUGCAGUGUCCGUUCCCAGCACGUUGAUCAUCUCAGGCUCUUCUCAGGAGUACGUCCAGCGCGCAGUCCUCCUCGCGAGCUCCAAGUUCAUCGGCAGGAUAGUAGCCGCGAACGACGAGGACGACCGAUGGAUUGCUAACGUCAUGGACCUGGGCGUGUCUCCUUACGAUGAAGAAGCCUUGUGGGACGUCGUGCGCAAAGCCGCGCGAAGCCCGAUGGACCCGCUGACCCCGCCCCCAGGCUCGCGCGGGAUCGACGAAACCCUCUCCCUAGCACGUGCAAAGCUCCAACGCGUCAGUGCUGCACAGGCGUAUGAUGAGUUGCGAGAAACGCAGGUGGGAGCCCCCACGUUUCUGGUUGACAUUCGACCCCAGGCGCAACGCGAGCUCGAAGGGGGUAUCCACGGCUCCCUCAUCAUCGAGAGAAACGUUUUGGAAUGGAGAUUUGAUCCGAGGUGUGCAUCCCACCUCGCCAUUGCGGACAGAUACGACCUUCGAAUCAUCGUGUUCUGCCAGGAAGGGUAUACUUCGAGCCUUGCAGCCUAUUCUCUCCAGCAAUUGGGAAUGCUGAACGCGACCGAUAUCAUUGGAGGAUAUGAAGCAUGGAAGAAUGCAGGACUUCCUAUCGAUCUCGAUAGACGUGAAUCAAGGUCUCUUUUAUCCCCUCGUGGCUCAGUCGCGUAG